AUGCAAGACAGCUCCGUGAAGCGGUCCCUCGGGGCGGACCUGACCACCUUGGUCAAGACAUCCCGGGUCCUGCUCGUCGGCGCCGGCGGCAUCGGUUGUGAACUGCUCAAAAACCUCGUCCUGACCGGCUUUGGCGAGAUUCACAUUGUCGACCUGGAUACAAUCGACCUGAGCAAUUUGAACCGUCAAUUCCUCUUCCGUCACGAGCACAUCAAAAAGUCCAAGGCUUUGGUCGCCAAGGAAGUUGCGCAAAAGUUCCGACCUAACGUUAAGCUCGAGGCUUACCACGCCAAUAUCAUGGAUAAGGAAUUCAGCUUCGAGUGGUUUGAAAGUUUCGCCGUCGUUUUCAAUGCGCUAGACAACAUUGGCGCGCGGCGCCAUGUGAACCGCAUGUGUCUCGCGACAAAUGUGCCGUUGAUUGAGAGCGGUACUACAGGUUUCAAUGGCCAGGUUCAGGUUAUCCGCAAGGGCGAAACGGAGUGCUACGACUGCACCCCGAAAGGAGUACCGAAGACGUUUGCCAUUUGCACCAUUCGCAGCACACCCUCUCAGCCCAUUCACUGCAUCGUCUGGGCAAAGAGCUGGCUUCUUCCGGAGCUAUUUGGCAACGGCGAAGAUGGAGCGACAGAUAUCCAAGCCGAUGAGAACGCAGAUAAUGGUUUGUUACACCUGAACUUCCCUAUUGAAAACCAUACUAAUUUCAAGCUAGCAAACGAGAUCGCGGAACUGCGCAAGGAAGCAUUCGAUAUGAAGGAGCUUCGAGAAGCCUUAGGAACUGACCAAGGAUAUCGAAAGGUUUUCCAAAAGAUCUUUGGCAAGGACAUCGACCGCCUGACGAAUAUGAGUGAUAUGUGGAAGAUACGCCAGAAGCCUCAGUCCCUGGACUUUGAAGUCCUCGACCAAAAGCUCCCGUCUAUUGAUCCUGCUAUUGCCACGGAAGACCAACCAAUAUGGACAGUUGAAGAGAAUUUUGCUGUUUUCCGGGACAGUUUCCAUCGGCUGAGCAAUCGUCUCAAGGAACUCCAGGCUGAGACGUCCGGCGGAGAGCCUCCAGUUCUUACGUUCGAUAAAGAUGAUGUGGACACAUUGGAUUUCGUUGCAGCGACCGCGAAUCUCCGAGCGACUGCCUUCCACAUCGAAACAAAAUCCAAAUUCGACAUCAAGCAAAUGGCGGGCAACAUUAUCCCGGCCAUUGCUACAACAAAUGCGAUGACGGCUGGACUUUGUGUACUUCAGUCAUUCAAGGUGCUACAGCAGGAUAUGGUGCAUGCCAAAACGGUGUUCCUGGAGAGGUCUGGUGCUCGCGUCAUCAACUCAGAGUCCUUGAAUCCCCCAAAUCCCGAUUGCCCCUCUUGUUCGCUGCCUCAGAUCCGAGUGGAAAUCGAUCCUAAAAUGGCGACCGUGAAGGAUCUAGUAGAAGGCAUUCUUCAAAAGGAGUUGGGUUAUACUGAAAUAUCCCUUGCUAUUCUCGAUGGCGCGCUCAAUGAAGUAAUCUACGACCUGGACUGUGAGGAUAACAUGGACAAGAAGUUGUCGCAUUGGGGCAUCGGAAAGGGCUCCUUGCUCACGGUGACGGAUGACAGAAUUGAUGAAGAUCAAGAUCUGCGCGUGGACAUCGAGAUCCUUAUAAUUGAAAAGCGCCUCCCUCUCGAUGGUGCUAUGGAGAUCGAUAACACCAAGCCUGCAAAGCUACAGAAGGUUAUCGACAUUCCCUUGCAACCCAAGCCUCAGAAAUCUAAUCCCGAGCCUGAACAAUCCAAUCCCGAACCUGAGCAAUCCAGUCCCGAGCCUGCAGCAUCUACCAAUGGCGAGAGUGUCACUGGAAAGCGCAAGCGUGAGGGCUCAAUUGACCUAGGGCAGCACAAUGCCAAACGUAUCGCCAGCACAUCCGCUAACGAGCCUAUCAUUCUUGAUGAUGAUGACGACGAAGGCGCCAUCAUAAUUGGCGACUAG